AUGUCCCCGGAGAACCGCGUCCCAGCCCUAGGGGCUGCUACGGAGAAGGACUCCGCCAAGGUCUCCACGGCCCCUCCGCCACCGUCGCAUACCCUCGAACAUGGCGAAGGAAUCAAUCGCACCACAACUGGCGGUCCGUUCGUGUCCCCCCGCGUCGCCGCAUACAUUCGACGAUUCGAGCAGCAGCUGGUCGAGUACAACCUCGAGGCCCGCGGCAUCGAACGCGUGGGCGAGGAUGAGCGCAUGAAGAAACUGUCCUGGGUCUCGUACCUGCAGGCGUUCCUGCUUUGGGUCUCGGUCAAUCUCGCCGCCAACAACAUCACCCUGGGGAUGUUGGGCCCCGUGGUCUAUGGCCUCAGCUUCCUGGACUCGGCGCUCUGUGCUGUGCUCGGUGCCCUCGUCGGUGCGCUUCCCGCGGCGUGGAUGGCCACGUGGGGGCCCAUUUCCGGUAUCCGGACGAUGGCUUUCGGACGGUACACAAUGGGCUGGUGGCCGAGCAAGAUUAUUGUCAUCUUGAACCUGAUCCAGAUGCUUGGGUACUGUCUGAUUGACUGCGUGGUUUGCGGGCAGAUUCUGUCCGCUGUAUCACCGCACGGGAGCAUGUCCGUGGCUGUGGGAAUCGUGAUCAUCGCAAUCAUUAGCUGGGUCAUCGCCACGUUCGGUAUCCAGGGCUUCCACUACUACGAGAGAUUUGCGUUUCUCCCGCAGCUCAUCGUGGUCUGCAUCUUGUUUGGCGUGUCGUCAUCCAAGUUCGACCUGUCCACCCCGUCAGUUGGGGAUACUCGCACCCUAGCCGGCAACCGCCUGUCAUUCUUCUCCAUCUGCCUCAGCGCAGCGAUCACCUACGCGCCGCUAGCCGCCGACUUCUUCGUCUACUACCCAGAGCGGACCUCGCGCCGAACCAUCUUCUCGCUCUCCUUCCUCGGCCUCAUGCUCUCCUUCACGAUGGCCUUUCUCGCGGGUAUCGGCCUCGCCUCCGGCAUCCCGCAGCACCCGUCCUACGCCGCUGCCUACCAGCGCGGCGCCGGCGCGCUCAUCGUGGAAGGCUUCCGCCCGCUCGGCCGCUUCGGCCAGUUCUGCGCCGUCGUCGUCGCGCUGGGCCUCAUCGCCAACACCGUCGCGCCGACCUACUCGGCCGGCGUGGACUUCCAGAUCCUCGGCCGCCACGCGGAGCGCGUCCCGCGCGCGCUGUGGAACACCGUCGGCGUCGUCAUCUACACCGUCUGCGCCCUCGCCGGCCGCGGCCACCUCUCCGAGAUCUUCACAAACUUCCUCGCCCUCAUGGGCUACUGGGUCGCCAUCUGGAUGGCCAUCAUCCUCGAGGAGCGCUUCGUCUUCCGCCGCCGCCCCCGCGGCUACAACUGGUCCGUCUGGAACGACCCGGCUAAGCUCCCGCUCGGCGUUGCCGCGUUCGUCGCCUUCCUCGUCGGCUGGGCCGGCGCCAUCCUGUGCAUGGCCCAGGUCUGGUAUAUCGGGCCGCUGGCGCGGCUGGUGGGUGAGUAUGGUGCUGAUAUGGGGAACUAUGUUGGGUUCACCUGGGCCGGUCUUGUCUACCCGCCUUUGCGGUAUCUGGAGCUUCGCUGGGCCGGUCGGUAG